AAAAGAGCCUCCUCCUUCUACGGGAUCUUCAACUUCAAAGCAAUUGGCAAACCAUUUGCGUAGAAUUGGGCAGCAUUAUUAGCCCCAUCUCACAGGUGAAGACUCUGUAGGUCAAGCAGGUUAAGAGCCUCACUAGAGAUCACCGAGGGAGGUACAGGGGGUACAGCUCACGUGUCCUGACCCUCCCUCCCACGCUCCGCCUCAAUCACACUCUUCCUAGGAUCACGUUUCAGUUCAUCUCUCGGUUAUUCACUACCUGCUAUGUACCCAACGCUCCGCCGCUGCUAGAGAUAACAAAGCCAAACUGCCCUCAAGAAAUGCAUGGCCCAGUAGAGAAGCAAUGAGGCCAACCAGCAACACAGUCCCUGCAGUUAGGUGCCAGGGGAAAAGUGGUUAACCCUGCCUGGUCAGGGAAGUUUCCCAGAGGAAAAGACACUUGAGUUGUGUCUUGGAUAAUGAAUAAUCGCGUGCCAGUCUGCUGGUGUGAGGGAGAGGAGGGGAGAAGACAUCCAAGCAGAGGGGACGCCUGCACGAAGGCCUGGGGCACGGAACAUGGUGCUCGGGGGACCUACACCUUGUCCUGUGCAGUGUGUGUGCAGGAGGGAGCAGGAAGGAGUGAGGCCAAAGGGCCAGCUGUCAGAGGACCUGUCUGCCAAACUAAGGAGCUGCCCUGAAGCGGGGAGGGAGGAAGAAGCAUUGACGCAUCAUGUCCUGGAAAGCAUUUUUAUGUAGUAUGCUAUAAAAUAUAUUUUUCCCCUGACCUCACCCAAUAACAACAGUCCCCAUUCCCUUUUUGUUCAACUUCACUGUACCACCUCAAGAGAGUUCACCAAGCCCAGGCUCUGCCCCAGCGCCGUGCCAUUUCGUGCAUUAUGCUCCCUGCUUCGCAUACUCUGCCGCCACCCUGGGGAAAUUACUUCUUCCUUCAAGACGUAGUUCAAGUAUCACCCCUGCCCCCGACAACUGCCCCUCCUUUGUCCCAUCAAGGCUCCCUUGAUCCCCCACCCUCUUUGAAAGUGCCUGCUAUGGAGUGCUGUCUCAGAAUUUGUUGAAUGAUCGAAGGAAUUAAUGAAUAAGUGAAUGUAUUUUAUUAAAAUUCUAAAGGCAUCGUUAGCUUUCGGAUGCUUUGUUGUCUUAGUCCAUUCCGGCGGAUAUAACCAAAUCCCAUACACUGCGUGGCUCAUAAACGACUGGAAUAUAUUGCUCGCCGUCCUAGAAGCUAGAAUCCAAGGUCAGGGGACCAGCAGACUCAGAGCCUGUAUGAGGGGCUGCUUCCUCGUCCAUAGACGACCAUGAAGGUUCAACCCCCAUGACCUAAUCACAUCCCAAAGGCCCCACCUCCUAAUGCCAUCACAUGGGGGGUUAGGGAUCAACGUCUGAAUUUGGAGGGCACACAACAUUCAGUCAAUAGGACUUACUACAGAAAAUCAGCCGAUGUCUUAAUAUGUUCCGUAGAAUAACAUUGCUUACACUUAGAUUAAAGAAGGAGUUGGUUGGCAGGUGUAAAAUGGCUUUCUUGCGAUUACAGAUCCUCACCAAGGAUUCGGUGACCGUCAGUGUGGAUGGUGUGGUCUAUUACCGCGUUCAAAAUGCUACCCUGGCCGUGGCGAAUAUCACCAACGCUGACUCGGCAACCCGUCUUUUGGCACAAACGACUCUGAGGAAUGUCCUGGGCACCAAGAACCUUUCCCAGAUCCUCUCCGACAGAGAAGAGAUUGCACACAACAUGCAGUGUACGCUGGAUGAUGCCACUGAUGACUGGGGAAUAAAGGUGGAGCGCGUGGAAAUUAAGGACGUGAAGCUGCCCGUGCAGCUUCAGAGAGCUAUGGCGGCCGAGGCAGAAGCAUCCCGGGAGGCCCGCGCCAAGGUCAUUGCAGCCGAGGGAGAAAUGAACGCAUCCAGGGCUCUGAAAGAAGCCUCUAUGGUCAUCACCGAAUCCCCGGCAGCCCUUCAGCUGCGGUACCUCCAGACGCUGACGACCAUUGCAGCCGAGAAAAACUCCACGAUCGUCUUCCCCCUGCCCAUAGACAUGUUGCAAGGCAUCGUGGGGGCAAAACAGUGAGCCGCAGAGGCCAACGCAGAGAUGCGCCCGUCCCUUCCAGGGUAGAGCGGGGACCAAAUCAGCCCUUAACUUGUAAGGAGAGAGGAGGGCGGGACCUCGACUAAAUAUUCCUUCCUCUCUUUCCUUUUCCAUGUUGACUGCAAGGUUCUUAGAAUGUGUAGUGAUCCUAGCAACAGAUGAAGAUUGUUAGCUUGUAAAUACUGAGAAAGAGAAGGGGUGCGGGGAGGGGACUAGUGAUUUAUAGAAGAUAAUUUCUUACUCGUUAAAAUAUUUAAAAGUUCAUAUAUUUGGAUCAUUAUGUAAUAGGUUAAAUCCCCCUUCUUUUGACUUUUCUGUGGGUCGUUCUGCAACCUCUAUCUGCAGCCAGGCCAAAGGCAAGAAAAUAGGUUAUAACCACCACUUGACAGCCUGGCUGAAUAAAUGCUUUGCAGAAAGCAGAGACCUUAGGCUACGACCAGCUUCUCUGGGCCACACGUGCCUUACUCCCGGGGAAUCUUAAGGAAACAUUCUUGCCAUCUGUUUACUUUCUAAUCCCAGGCCAUGUUUCAAAAUAAUCCUCUCUCCAGAGGAGGCAAUUUCUUGCCUGUACCUGUCAACACUGGAGGAAAUGGUCAAGAUGAGUGAGAAAGAUGAUCUUAACCCUUGAAAGACUUGUAAAUCUACUGCCACAAAAAUCCUUUAAGAAUAAUAUGUUUCUUUUCUUUUUUUGCUCAAAACUUCUUUGAGCCUCUCUACGACCAAAUGAUUCCCCUGUGGUCUUUCAAACCAGCUAAAUACUUGUCACAAAAGUGCUUUUUUCUCACUUUUAACUAUUUUCAUAUAUCAGGUUCUCAAUAGUUUGAUUUUUUAAAUGACACUUUCUCUAAGUUCUAUAAACAACUGUUUAUAUACCCAUUCGAAUAGCUUAAGGACUAAUACUUUUUUAAAAAAUGUCUUCAGGAAGCCAUUCUAUUUUACUGUCUGCAUGCUAUUAACUGUUGUACACUGUGAAAUAUUUUGGUUAUCAGUCCCGUUCAUUAAAUACUAUAAGGAAUUCACAGUAUAUUGGGCACAUAAUAGCCAAUGAGCUUGGUGAGACACUGUCAAACUUAGGAUAUACAUACGGAUCUAGGUCUUUUUUCUAUUUGUAGAAUCAUCUUUUUCUGUCACUAAUGUCGUUGCCUAAAGAGGAAGUGGUCAGCCCCUCUGAACCACAGUUGCUUAUUUUGCAGUAAUAGGAAACACCUUCAGUUUUGCAAAUGUUCUUGAAUCUGAGCAACCUGGCAUUCUUCCUGUUGGUCCGAAAACCUGGCUGGCAACAUUCCUCCUUGAGGAACUCAAGUUACUCAUUUUAAAUAAUGCUCUUAUCUCUUUGGUGAGGUGGCGACCCAUAAAGGACCAGGAAACAACUCCCUAUCCUGGCUGAAAAAUCUCUUCUCAGGCUUAGAGUAACCGUGCGUUCCGCUCCUGGAGUUUCCCUAUUUGCAGAUACCAGUCUUCGCCUCCCUGCCUUGUGGAUUCAUAGCCCAGUAGGGUGGGAUUAAAUUGCUUGAGAGGGAGGAAGCAUAAAAGGGGUCUAGGGUGAGUGUUGGUGCAAGAGGUUUUUCCACAUGGCCUCCCUUUCCAAUGCUGUACAUAAUAAAGUGUGCACUUGUACUCAU